AUGCGUAUCUCUCAGCUUUUUGCCGUGGCCACUUAUGCCACCACUGUCUUGUCUUGUGCAGAGCAUAACAAUCACUACUCUCUCAAGAACAAGAAGCGACACAUUGACCCUCGCGCCGAUCCUAACAGUAAAGACUGGGCUUACGACGCAUCCUACAAUUGGGGACGCAUCAAUCCUGACUACCAUCUCUGCCAGACAGGAACGCAGCAAUCGCCUAUUCCUAUAGCUCUCAAGCAAGGCCUAUCUCUUGAACACUUGAUCAAGGAAUGGAACUAUCCCAAUGAGAUCACCGGCAACUUUUUCAACUGGGGUUACGGUCCUGCAUUUACCGUCCAGAACGAAGAUGCCAUCUGGACCAAUAAUUCUUCUUUCAGCUUUGACAAUGAAACUGUCUACCUGAAAGGCUGGCACAUUCAUGCCCCCGCCGAUCACACCGUUGAGCGACAUCGCUCAAGGGCAGAGCUACAUCUCGUUCACGUCAACGAACAAGGCAAAGAGCGCGCUGUGCUCGCCAUUCGAUUGGACCCAGGAAACAAAGAAAAUAAGUUUUUGGCACAGCUUCCCAAGAUGAUUGGCUUCAACGAAACCGAGACCACAGAGGAAGCAACACUUAAUCACAAAUUGCUUCUGGAUAGUGUGCAGUACUUUGACGAGUUUUGGACUUAUGAGGGAAGUUUGACUAGUCCGCCUUGCACAGAGGGAAUUCGAUUCUUCAUUGCGAGGCAGAUUAUGUUUACGAGUGUGCAGCAGAUGAGGGAUAUUCUGGGUGCUUCCACUUAUAGUGCUCGCGAGGAGCAGCUGGUGUGGCGACAUCGUAUCAAUGUCUGA